AUGGCCAUGAGAAAUCAUACCAGGGUGUCUGAAUUUAUUUUUUGUGGACUUACUCAGUCUCAAGAGCUAAGCUUGCUCUUAUUUUUCUUUUUAUCUGUAGUUUAUGUAACAACCAUGUUAGCAAACAUUGCCAUCAUGGUCACUGUGACCUGUGAGUCUCGCCUCCACACCGCCAUGUACUUCCUGCUCCGCAAUCUCUCUGUCUUGGACAUCUGCUUUUCCUCCAUCACUGCUCCCAAGGUCCUAGUAGACCUUCUUUCAAGGAGAAAGACCAUCUCCUUCAAUGGUUGCAUCACACAGAUGUUUUUCUUCCAUCUUCUCGGUGGGGCAGACAUUUUCUCUCUCUCUGUGAUGGCAUUAGAUCGGUAUACGGCCAUCUCCAAGCCCCUGCACUAUGUGACCAUCAUGAGUAGGGGGCGAUGCACUGCCCUCAUUGUGGCCUCCUGGGUGGGGGGCUUUAUCCACUCCAUUGUGCAGAUUUCCUUGUUGCUGCCCCUCCCCUUCUGUGGACCUAAUGUUGUUGAUGGCUUCUACUGUGAUGUCCCCCAGGUCCUCAAACUCGCCUGUACAGACACGUUUGCUCUAGAGCUCCUGAUGAUUUCCAACAAUGGCUUAGUCACUACUCUGUGGUUUAUCCUUCUUCUUGUGUCCUACACAGUCAUUUUGAUGAUGCUGAGGUCUCAAACUGGGGAGAGCAGGAGGAAAGCCAUCUCCACUUGCACAGCCCACAUCACUGUGGUGACCCUGCAUUUUGUGCCCUGCAUCUAUGUCUAUGCCCGGCCUUUCACUGCCCUCCCCAUGGACAGAGUAGUCUCCAUCACCUUCACUGUCAUCAUUCCUGUUCUCAACCCCAUGAUCUACACCAUGAGGAACCAGGAAAUGAAAUCAGCCAUGAAGAGACUGAAGAGAAGACUCAUUCUUUCUGAAAGGGGGUAG